AUGGCGACACGAACAGUCGGCUCACCGUUUUCCCCAUCCCUUCCUAUUCUUCUUAUUCUUUUGAGUAUUCUUCAUUGUCAAGCCGCCAAAGUGGAGAGUGUGAUUGCAGAAGGGGGUGCUUCUCGUUUCAGUGCUUCUUCGGGGGGAGGAGGUGGUAGGGGUGCACCUCAGCACUAUCCCAAGACUGUCGGCAACAGCGAGUUCCUGGGGAAAACCCCAGGGCAAAGCGUUCAGAGAUGGGUUCCUUCACGAAGCACUAGACGAGAUGUCAACUCCAGCAAUGAAAAAGAGCGACACGAUGCAAUCUUCAGGAAAGUGAGGGGCAUACUCAACAAACUCACGCCUGAGAAGUUUGACAAGCUAUGCCUUGAGCUCCUGAAUGUGGGCGUAGAUUCAAAACUCGUCCUUAAAGGAAUCAUCUUGCUGAUUGUAGACAAAGCCUUAGAAGAGCCGAAGUAUAGCUCGCUCUAUGCUCAGCUAUGUCUGCGCUUGGCAGAGGACGCACCAAACUUUGAUGGCACUUCACCUGAUAUCCAGACACCCCAAAAGCAGAGCACAACCUUCAGAAGACUGCUGAUUUCCAAGCUUCAAGAUGAAUUUGAGAACCGCACCAGAAAUGUUGAAAUCUAUGACAAACAUGACAACCCUCUUACUUCGGAGGAGGAGGAGCAGCGUGCCAUUGCCAAGAUCAAGAUGCUUGGCAACAUUAAAUUCAUCGGGGAACUUGGCAAACUCGACCUCAUCCAUGAAUCUAUCCUUCAUAAAUGCAUCAAGACACUUCUGGAAAAGAAGAAGAGAGUCCAGCUCAAGGAUAUGGGAGAGGAUCUGGAAUGCCUCUGUCAGAUAAUGAGAACAGUGGGGCCGAGACUCGACCAUGAGAAAGCAAAGUCUUUAAUGGAUCAGUACUUUGGCCGUAUGCAAUCCUUAAUGAACAACAAGGAGUUGCCCGCUAGGAUCCGCUUCCUGCUGCAAGAUACAGUGGAACUUCGAGAAAACAACUGGGUCCCCCGCAAGGCUUUCAUCGACAACGGACCAAAGACAAUUAACCAGAUCCGUCAAGAUGCAGUGAAGGAUUUGGGUGUUUUCAUCCCAGCACCCAUGUCUCAGGGGAUGAGGAUGGACUUCUUCCUGGAAAGCCCUUUCAUGCCCAGCAGAAUGAAACUGGACAGGGAGACUCUUGGGGGUUUAGCUGACAUGUUUGGACAGAUGCCAGGCAGUGGGAUUGGAACUGGCCCGGGGGUUAUUCAGGACAGGUACUCGCCUACUAUGGGACGCCAUCGCACCAACCCACUCUUCAAUGGCCACGGUGGUCACAUUGCCCCUGCACCUCAGUCACAGUUUGACAUGGGGCCCAAGUCUUUUGUUAAGUCCAACCAGGUUCAGAACCAGCAUUUCCUCAACCAGAACCAGAACCACAUGGCCCAGCAGCAGGUCCAGUCCAAGGACAUGCCUCCACGAUUCAGCAAGAAAGGACAGCUCAAUGCUGACGAGAUCAGCCUCAGGCCUGCUCAGUCAUUCCUCCUCAAUAAGAACCAGGUGCCCAAGCUCCAGCCCCAGAUCCCGACCAUGAUGCCUCCCAGUGCCCAACCCCCACGCACUCAGACUCCCCCUCUGGGACAGCCUCCACAGCUUGGCCUGAAGACCAACCCUCCACCUAUUCAAGAGAAACCUCAGAAGACUAACAAGAAACCACCUCCUGCAAAGGAGGAGCUUCUUAAAAUGACGGAGGCAAUCAUGACUGAGUACUUGAACACUAAGAACCUGACGGAGGCUGUGAGCGGCGUGAGAGAGAUGAAGGCUCCAAAGCAUUUCCUGCCAGAGAUGCUCAGUAAGAUCAUCGUGUGCUCCCUGGAUUGUCCUGAUGAGGACAAAGAGCACGCCAGCACUCUGAUUCACAUGCUCCGCACGGAGGGCCUCAUCACUGGGGAGAACUUCAUGCAGGCUUUCCUUAACGUCCUGGACCAGUGCCCUAAGAUCGAGGUGGACGUGCCCCUGGUGAAGUCUUAUCUGGCCCAGUUUGCGGCUCGGGCUAUCAUCGCAGAGCUGGUGAGCGUGGCGGAGCUGGCUCACCCCCUGGAGAACGGAACCCAUUUCCCACUCUUCUUGCUCUGCUUGCAGCAGACGGCCAAGCUCAAGGAUCGUGAGUGGCUCACUGACCUCUUCCAGCAGAGCAAGGUCAAUAUGCAGAAGAUGCUCCCAGAAAUUGAUCAGAACAAGGACCGCAUGCUGGAGAUCCUGGAGGGGAAAGGCCUGAGCUUCCUGUUCCCUCUGCUGAAGCUGGAGAAGGAGCUGCUGAAGCAGAUAAAGGCAGACCCCUCUCCACAGUCCAUCUACAAGUGGAUUAAAGACAACAUUUCACCCAAGUUUCACACUGAUAAAGGCUUUGUCAACAUCCUCAUGACCAGUUUCCUCCAGUACAUCUCCCAAGAGUUGUGCGAGGCAGAGGGUGAUGAGCAGCUGGCAGCGCCCUCUAAAGAGAUGCUGGAGCAAGAGAAACAGCUGCUGCUGGCCUUCAAGCCCGUCAUGCAGAAGUUCCUGCACGACCAUACCGAGCUGCAGGUCAGCGCCCUAUACGCCUUGCAGGUGCACUGCAACGCCCGAGGGUUCCCUAAAGGCAUGCUACUGCGCUACUUUGUCAACUUCUACGACAUGGAGAUCAUUGAAGAAGAAGCCUUCCUUGCAUGGAAAGAAGAUAUUACCCAAGAAUUCCCUGGAAAAGGAAAAGCUUUAUUCCAGGUAAACCAGUGGCUCACCUGGCUGGAGACGGCAGAGGAGGAGGAAUCUGAGGACGACGCAGACUAAGAAACCAAGCGGAAGCAUCAUGGCGUAGAUCAACCGUAUCUUAUUGUUAGACUUGUGUUACCUUAUUAAACUCCAUGCUUAAUUUAACCACUACGAUGUGGCACUCAGCUGCUUGUGUCUCUCAAAUAUAAACCGAAAGCUUUGUACCUACAGGGUCUCACGUGCUACCACCUGCACCGUGAUGAUGGGCUGAGAAGCAUUGUUUAAUCUGUUGCCUAAUUUUCUGAGAUCUGUUUCCUGAUUAGCUACAUGAAUUCUAGAGUGGCUCAACCAUGUUUUUUUUGUUCUCAAUUUGCUCCAUUAGGUUGUAACUUUAUUUUCACUGUAUUGCAUUUUUUUUUUUCCCACUUUUUUUUUUUUUUUUUUUUUUCUUACGAAUUUAAACCUCCCCCAGAUAGGAAACUGCUUUAUGGUAAGAACAUGUAGGAUUUUCCUCUCUAAAAUAAGACAAAUCUUUCACGAUCUUUGCUAAUUCUAGUUACAAAGCAAACAACUAGAAACAUUAACACAAGGUCUUGUCAGCAAGCUGCUUUUGUGAUCUUCUAUCAGGGCCUAGCCUGGAUUGCUUUUUAUCAUACAUGCUUAAACAGUACUGGGGAUGUAGACAAACGGGCUGCACAGCGAUCCUUCUCGUGUACCACACGUCAAACCUAGAUGGCCCGCUGAAGUUGAAUGAAGCACAAGCUGGCAAAACAUUUCAUGACUGAUAAAGGUGUCUCAUAGUCAACAUAUGCUCACUAAAUUCCCACUUUUUUUUUUUUUUUUAUUUUAUAUAAGUGCUCUUCAUAGUCACUGAUGAUGAGCAUGUUCUUUUCAUUAGCAUUACUCUUUUUGUUCUGUCCUUUCUUCCUGUCUUUUUUUAAAUCAUUAUUAUUAUUAUUAUUAUUAUGAGUGGUUGCAAUACCCAUUCUCCAAAUGUUACAAUAUUUGAAAAAAGGAAAAAAAUAAAUAAAUCUGUAAUCAUUGGUUUGCUGUCGUCACGUUUCAAAGUUGCCUGUGUUUCUACCUCUUAGUUAGAUGGGCUUUUUUUUUUUUUUUUUUUGUGUGCUGGGAUAAAGAAAUCCACUAAGAAGAAUAUUGAGCCCAUGCAAAUGCUGAAGUAUUUGGUUUAAUCCUGGCCUAAUUGCACAAUAAAUGUAUUGAAGCAGACAUUAACAAUGAUGCCGUUGCAUGUUUUACAAGUGUUAACAUCUCAGAAGGAUUUUUUUUUUUUUGAAAUUUGACCCACAUGAUGAAAUGUGUAGUUAUCAAAAGAGUAAUGUUGACUAGAUUUUGAAGCGGCCCUGAUGAGGUUGGUUUUUAUAUUGAGGUCUUAAAAUAAUAAAAAAUGUUACAUUUGUGUGGCUCUUUAAAUUGGCAAACUAUAAAUUGUAAUUGAUUUCCCUUCUCCCAAAGCUAAACAAAUGACCAUCAGGCUUAACCAAGAAUUGUACUCUCAAGCCAUGAUUAUGUAUAAGACAUACAAUUAGGGUCUUAUUGUAAGGUAUUCAGAAUUAUUGUGCACCUCUAUUGCUUUAAUGUCAAUAAAGUCAGUACAUGAGCA